AUGCCCAAAGGAAAGGUGAACAUCGAGACCCCGGCGCGAUACAACGACUUUUACGACGAGUGGUUAGAGGACACGUACUCGUACUCGUGGAAGGCUCCGAGCCCCGGGUCGCUUCGGGGUAAGAUCCGUAAAUUCCUCGAGGAGUACGACGUCACGGCGUCCUCGCUCCAGCGCGUCCUCAGCGUCAACGCGGGGUCGUUCACGCAGUUCAUGACGGGGAAGUACAAAGACCCGUGGGCCGCGACGCAGAACGGGACGUACCGCGCGGCGGCGUACUUCUUCCACGUCGACAAGCUGCUCGGGAAGGACGGCAUCAUCCACCAGCUGAAAGCUACGCGCGCGAACGCGACGAACGCGGGAGGCGCGGGCGCCGCCGCCGCGGGCGCCGCCUCCGCGGGCGCCGCCGCGGGCGCGAAGGAGAAGGGCCUUCCCGACGUCUCCGGCGUCGUCGACGUGACGGACGACUCCCCGGUGUGGCUCACCCCCGCGGAAGUCCGAGCCGAGGUGAGCGCUUUAAAACGCGCGCGCGCGUUCACCAACGCCGACCUCGCGCGCGCGGUGCUGGGCGACGCGUUCACGCAGAGCCGCUACCAGCUCGUCGGCAAGUUCUUAAACACCGGCGGCGAGUUCGGCGGCGCCAACCAGGACGUCUACGCGCCCAUGGCGAGGUUCGUGGAGAAGUGUCGGGUGGCGCUCGGAAAGCCAAAGUCGAAGAAACGGCUCGCGUUGGAGGCGGAGACGCAGCCGGGGCGCCGGGUGCGUCCUCCUCGCGCACUGGUCCCCAUACGACCCCGUUCGCGUGGUGAACGCCGAUCCUUAAGGACUUUUCCCGGCGUCUCUCUCCUCCCACCCCUCGCUUUCAAUCCCCGCCCGCGACGCCUUUCGACUCCAUCUGACGCCUUUCAACUCCACCCCGCCGUCGCUGGAACGACCCUCAGCCGUUCCUGGGCGACGACCCGAACCGGAAGUACCUGGCGCCCGCUUCCGCGAAAUUGUUCCUGA